GUGAUGAUGAUUGACGUGAAUGGGGAAUGUCACACAAAUCCACAGGACAAAAAAUCAAAAUAAUUCAAUUGGUUCACAGCGGAACAUCACAGUCUUCCUCUUGUUCACGGCGUAGGCUUUACAUAGACCUCCUGAUAACUUCAAUUUGAGUCUGUCUCUGUCAUGGCAGGACGCCUGCUUUCAAGAGCUCUGGGAACUAGUGCCAGUUUGUUGCCUUCAGCAGGGCCGGCUAGCCCAUGUGCUCGCAGCAUUGCAGCCGUCCACACCGCCCACCGCAAUCACUCAAGUCACUCCAGCAGUAUCUUGCAGGUAUCACAGCGCGAUGGCGUGCGGAGAAUUGUCUUGAACAACGAGCCAAAGCGCAAUGCUUUGUCGUAUGCCAUGCUGGAAGCACUCGGCACAGCGCUGAUGCCGUCCGAAGACGCUAAGCGCGAUGAAAACCUGUCGUGCGUGGUCAUUUCCGCCAAGGGCAAGGUCUUCUCGUCUGGCCAUGACCUUUCUGAACUUAGGCAACCGAUCUCCUCACCAACACCCAAGGAGCUGUUCGACCUGUGUUCCUUUGUCAUGCAGACUAUUCAUAAUUUCCCUGUUCCUGUCGUGGCUCAAGUAGCUGGGUUAGCGACGGCGGCUGGUUGUCAACUUGUUGCAUCGUGUGAUAUGGUUCUGGCCGGCGAGAGUGCCCGAUUCGCCACCCCGGGUGUCAACAUUGGCUUGUUCUGCACUACUCCAUCGGUUCCACUGCUACGCUGCAUAUCGGAGAAGAAGGGUGCAUACAUGCUGUUCACAGGCGAGCCCAUCUCCGCACAGGAGGCCCUGAUACACGGUCUGGUCAGCAAGGUGGUGCCGGAUGAUGAGUUGGAGUCAGCGACAAACAGCCUGGUGAAUCACCUGAGCGGCCUGAGCAAGGAAGUUCUAACGCAUGGCAAAGUGGCACUUUCUGAGAUUGCCAAGGAGAAAUCCCUGGAAUCAGCCUACAGGGUAGCAUCUCACUACAUGGCACAGAAUGCAAAGCUAGACGACUGCCAGGAAGGAAUUGAUGCUUUCUUCGGCAAGCGCAAACCAAACUGGAAGGACUGAGCCGUGGCGUUGACAGCAGAAGAACAGAAGGGUACUGGUAAACGCAAGCCAAGUGCCAAGCACCAGAGCAUUGAGCUGCCCGCUACUACGCACCACUACGCAUGCCCCAAACACCUUCCUCUCCGCUACGCUCAGCUGGCUGAGAUUGGUGGGAGUGAUCAAGUGUUCAGCACAUCUCCCCUUUUUUUUUCUUGUGGAAUACAGUGCAUUUGUUGCAAUUCCUUUGAUCAUUAGUGGAGACUUGUCACAGUUUGGUUCGUCUCAAGACUGUACUGGCGUAUUUAGUGCUAGUAGUGGGAACCGUAUAAUGGCA